AUGGUCGCUUUCUCCAAGGUUUUCAUCGCCACUGCCGUUGGCUUUGCCACCGCUCACCCGGGCGAGAGCCACAGCGCCAACCACGUAAAGCGCGAGAUUGUUGCCCGUGAGAAUGCGGCGCACGCAGCCGCCCGCUCCUUGGCAUCUUGCGGCAACUCUGCCGGCGCGCAAGCCUUGAAAGCCCGAUCCGUCCAGCGCCGUGCCGAGGCCCUGAAGAGCUUACGCCAGAAGCGCGGCAUCAAGGCCCCUGCCCGCAAGAAUCGCCGAACCCUCGAGGACCUUCAGGCAUGGGAAGCCGUCAACCACAACCAGACAGGUGUUUACGACUAUGAUGCGUUCACGCCUCUGGCGAACAUCUUUGAUGCCAACACCAGCUGCAUUUUGGCGCCUGAGAUUACCGACGGCCCGUACUAUGUCGCUGGCGAGUACUUCCGCUCAAAUGUCAUCGAGAGCGAGUCUUGCGAAGGCGUCAACCUCUUCCUUGAGGUUCAGUAUAUCGAUGUCAACACCUGCGAGGCUAUCCCAAGUGUCGCAGUCGAUGUGUGGAACUGCAAUGCCACAGGUGUCUAUUCCGGAGUCGACUCUACCGGCCAGGCUGGCUUGAACAGCACGUUCCUGCGUGGUAUUCAGCUGACCGACAACGAAGGUGUUGUUCAGUUCGAGACCAUCUUCCCUGGUCACUAUUCCGGCCGCGCCAUCCACACUCAUCUUUUGGCUCACACCAACGCGACUCUCGAGCCCAACGGCACCAUCUCCGUCUUCAACGCGCCCGUGACCCACAUUGGACAACUCUUCUAUCCUGAUGAUCUUCGCGCUGAGGUCGAAGCUACCUACCCCUACAACACGAACACUGCCGACCUCACCACAAACGACGAAGACAUGUGGUCCAUUGUGCAGGCUGAUUCUUCUUACGAUCCCAUCCCCGAGUACGUCUAUCUCGGCGACGACAUCUCCGACGGACUGUUUGCGUGGAUCCAGAUCGGCGUCAACGCUUCUGCCGAUUACUCGACCGACGAUUACUAUGGCGUAGCCGCCUAUCUGGCUGCCGAUGGCGGACAUUCUACAGGCUACACGGUCGGUGGCGGUGGUGGCGAUGGUGGCGAGGGCAACGGAACAGCCCCUUCGGGUGCUCUGAGCGGUGCUCCUCCUUCUUCCACCGCAUAG